AAAUCCCACAACACCAACGUGACAAGCACCAACCUAACCAACCCUAAUAAACCAACCAAAUGAUAGAAUCACUGCGAGGCCAAUAUCUUUCUUCAUAGCCCUAUUAAUCCUCCAUUUGUUAUCCUAAUUCCAACCCACCUUUUACUUCACCCGCACGAGCAAUGCGACUUGAAGCCGCCAUGGUAGGAGGGGAACAACUUUCAUCUGAUCAGCAAGGUGCAGGAACAGCUUGCAUGGACAACGAAAGACGGGAUGGUUAGGGAUGGACGGAGAGGAUCAUAAAUCGAGGAGGAGAAGGUUUAGAAAGUGGUUCAAGAGAAAGCAUAAGAGAGCUGACCCCUAUCAACUGAGUCAAGUUUCAGAUGGGGGCAAAGAUGAAAGCGGAGAUUACUUGGAUGAUAUUCUCUUUCGGUCCAUGGAGAUGGAUCCAGGCACUUCAACUAGUGAGCUGAGAAUCUUCGUGGGAACUUGGAAUGUUGCCGGACGGUCUCCGGUAGGGAGCUUGGCAGUAGAUUUGGAUGAGUGGCUGAAUCUUAAGGAUGAUGCGGCAGACAUGUAUGUUCUCGGAUUUCAGGAGAUCGUACCUUUGAGGGCCCGAAAUGUGAUAGGAGCGGAAGACCCAACCGUAGCAAGAAACUGGAACCUGCUGAUAGGAAAAGCUCUCAACGAAAAAUUCGGGUGCCCUUGGUUGACGCCCAUUGUGAAUCCAAUUUCAAGUGAGAACUACCACUACGUGCAAGUUUCCGAACCCGAACCUGAAAUCACGAGAGAGCAAUCAAGAACCCUGCAUGAAAAGCCAAGGAGUGUGAGUAAGUACAAGCUGAUGGCAAGCAAGAAGAUGGUAGGAGUCUUCAUUACUGUAUGGAUGAAAAGUGAAUUGGUAAAAAAAUAUGACAUUUCAAAUGUUAAGGUUUGUUCCGUGGCCUGCGGCAUCAUGGGUUAUUUGGGAAACAAAGGCUCGGUUUCAGUUAGCAUGACGAUUGAAGGAACUAGUUUUUGCUUCGUUGUAGCCCAUCUAGCUUCUGGUGAGAAGAAAGGAGAUGAAGGCAGAAGGAAUCAUCAAGUCGCAGAGAUUUUCAAGCGAACUUCUUUCCCUCGAUACCCUUCAGACGACGAUAUUCCUCAUCCUCUCACCAUCUUAGGACACGAGAGUCAGUCAAAAAUUAACCAGAUUUCAAAACCAAUAAGUCGGAUUUUUUGGUUUGGGGAUCUAAACUAUAGGCUAUACUUGGAGGACAAUUCAGCCAGGCAGCUGAUAAGGAAACUAGACUGGAGAGCAUUGCAAGAGUUUGAUCAGCUUCGUAUGGAACGGGAAUAUGGUGGGGCAUUUCAGGGUUGGAUGGAGGGAGCUUUAGAAUUUGCACCUACCUAUAAGUAUUCUUCAUCAAACUGCAAUCGCUAUUCAGGUGGGCUUCCAAGCAGAUCAGGAGAGAAGCAAAGGACUCCAGCAUGGUGCGAUAGAAUUAUGUGGUAUGGAAAAGGAGUGACACAGCUCUCUUAUUUCCGUAGUGAAAGUAAGUUCUCUGACCAUCGCCCUGUCUCUGCCCUAUUCGCAACACAGGUAGACGUACUGCAAUCUACUAAUCCAAGAAUGGUUUCAAUUCAUACCGUUCUUCCCAUCAUACCAACUCUUAAAGAAAUUGUACAGAGAGACCAUGACGAAGAGGCCAGUUCUACAUUAUUAUCAAUGAUCUUAAAGGAUAUAGAAGAAUCACCAGCAGGAAAUGCAAGUUGUAUAGAACAAAUAGAUGACAGUGGUUGCAGCUAGCGUUUAGCAAGUUGUGUUCUUCGAUGUAUGCUCUCAAAUGUUUAUAGAAAUGAAGCUGAAAUAAUAUAUAGAAAGGUUUAAAAUGCAAAUUCAGCAGUACAGAACCUUAACAAAGUCAGAGGCAAACUGGGGUCACUGAUAAAUUGUGUAGGAGUGCCAUAGAUUUAUAGUUCUUCAAGUUCUCAAUUGCAGUACAUUACGUGUUAGGUUAAACGAACAUAUAAAGUGUAGUUAUGAGAAGUAGAUUAUUACUUACAAAAUGUUAAUCUGCCUAACUUGACUGAA